UUCAAAUUAAUAGCAAUUGUGUUAGCUUUAGCGAGUACCUCCGUCGCCUGGGUUGUAUACCCGCCGAUGAUCGUAGGUUAUAACCAAAGCGUGGUUGUUGUACCCAACAAAAGCAACAACAGCAACGACAACUGCUUGCCCAUUGGGUACGAUGUACCGAAUUCGCACAGCCUUUUCGCUGGUUGUGUGAAACGCAACGACACCCUCCUCUUCUCGACCUUCGUCAAUAAACCUGCCCAUUGGUACAAGACCAACAACAAAGUCCUGUACUACGCACCUGGAUACUACAGAAACACGACUAUAACAGGGAUCAGGUGUUACGACUUGAAAGGAAAUAAUUCCGAUGGUUAUGCUAACGUGCUUUACGGUGGAGUCGGAUAUAGGGAUGCCAAAAUCAGACUAUUCAAUACGAUGGCGAACAGAAAACUCAACUUCAGAGUCGAGAUUUAUGGACACCCAUAACAUCGUAACGUAACCUCUUGAAUAAGUAACAAAUAACUUUAACAAAAACACUAUAAACUAACCAAGAUAACAAAUUAAUUAUCAUUUGAUUAUACAGUUUUUGUAGAAAACACUUAUAUAAUUAGUUAUAUUUAUUGUCCUUAUCUGUAGAGACGAAUGUUCAUAAUACGAAUAAUUGUAAUAAAAUAUGUAAAAUAAAAUACAACUUUAACCACAA